AACCACCAACAGCUGGGGAAAGAGGGCCAUCAUUCUGGAGAAAAAGGGAAAAGAGGAUUGGAGCAAGAAAGAAAAGAAAAGUUCUAAGGACGGAUCAAUGGCAACAACACCAAAGCAGCAGAUAUGGGAGCAACAGCAAUCACAGAUUCAGCGAGUAAAGAACACGGGGAUCAUCAGCGGCAAUGGGAGUCCAGUAACGGAUGAAAAGGAGGAGGAAAUGACAAGAUCUGCAUUGGCAUUGUUUCGAGCCAAAGAGGAAGAGAUUGAGAGGAGGAAGAUGGAGGUCAGAAACAAGGUUCAUGCUCAUAUUGGACGUGUAGAAGAAGAAACAAGGCGCUUGGCUGAGAUUCGUGAAGAACUCGAAGCACUUGUAGAUCCAAUGAGGAAGGAGGUGGCAAUGCUUCGUAAGAGGAUAGACACAGUUAACCGGGAACUAAGGCCAUUGGGACUGAGCUGCCAAAAGAAGGAAAGAGAAUACAAAGAAGUCCUUGAAGCCUUCAAUGAGAAGAAUAAGGAGAAAUCACAACUUGUUGGCAAACUAAUGGAGCUGGUGAGUGAAAGUGAGAGAUUGAGGAUGAAGAAGCUGGAGGAGCUGAGCAAAAACGUUGAAAGCCUUCACUGAAAUUUACUAACAUACAAGUUACAACAAAAAAAUUCUAUCUUUGUGUGAUGUAAUUAGAGUUGUUUUCUAAUUUCUGGUCUGCUGUUGUCGUGUCUGUUGUUUAAUUCUGUAUGGUAAUUCAUGGGAAAGUUUGCUGAUUUAGGAAGGUCUGUCACCAAAAAUACCAAAUUUAUUGUACUCAAAAUAUGGCUUAUGCUUGCUCAUCCAUGAAACAGAACUGCAUAUAGGGCAUAUAAGCACAUGGGAUCCGGAAGGAUGUAGCUGUUGGCCAUUUGUCUGUAUAAAGCCAAUGUCAUGUU